AUGGUCACUCGUCGGUUGAUGGGUGUCCUGCCCCCUCUGCGGUUCAUGGGUGUCCUGCCCCCUCUGCGGUUGAUGGGUGUCCUUCCCCCUCUGCGAUUGAUGGGCGACCUGCCCCCUCUACGGUUGAUGGGCGUCCUGCCCCCUCUGCGGUUCAUGGGUGUCCUGCCCCCUCUGCGGUUGAUGGGUGUCCGGCCCCCUCUGCGGUUGUUGAGCGUCCUACCCCCUCUGUGGUUGAUGGGCGUCCUGCCCCCUCUGCGGUUGAUGGGUGUCCGGCCCCCUCUGCGGUUGUUGGGCGUCCUGCCCUCUCUGCGGUUGACGGGCGUCCUGCCCCCUCCGCAGUUUUUGGGCGUCCUGCCCCCUCUGCGGUUAUUGGGCGUCCUGCCCCCUCUGCGGUUGAUGGGCGUCCUUCCCCCUAUGCGGUUGUUGGGCGUCCUGCUCCCUAUGCGGUUGAUGGGCGUCCUGCCCUCACUGCGGUUGAUGGCGUCCUGCCCCCUCUGCGGUUGUUGGGCGUCCUGCCCCCUCUACGGUUGA